AUUCAUUUUCGCGCCAUCUCAAACUCUCAGUCACUCGAGUGGGGAAGCAGACGAUGUGAUGCUGAACAUUUUCUGCAUUGUCGUCAUAGGACAUUCGUGAAAAAAACCUCUCAGCUAAUUAAAUUGUUAUGAAGGGGAAUAAGGACUUCAAGAAUUAAAGCUUUAUCAACAGACACCCAUUGCCAACUAAAGAUGGUAACGGAAUAGAAAUAAGGUGAGGAACUUGGAAAUUCUUUGACAAAAAAGAAAAUUCGUAAAUGACAGUAUAAACCUGAGAGCUUUUCGACAUGGAUCACGAAAAUAACAACGUUCCCAAACCAAAGUUAAUCGUUUUCGACCUAGAUUACACAUUAUGGCCUUUUUGGGUUGAUAGAAAAGUCAAUGUCGAGCCCCCUUUCAAUCGUACCAGGGACGGUAAGGUGUUUGACGCCUGUAGCCGAGAGGUAAAAGCAUUCCCCGACAUCGACCACAUUUUACACAAGCUCCACAAGGAAGGCUACAAGUUGGCUGUUGCCUCUGAAGCAUUCAACAAAGAGGAAGUUAAGCGCCUUGUGAGUUUUUUUGGAUGGAAUAAAUUCUUUGACUACAUAGAAAUCUCCCCAGGAUCAAAGAUUACCCAUUUUUUAAACAUCAAAAAAGACAGCGGAAUUGCAUUUCCAGACAUGAUGUUUUUCGAUGACGAAAGAGAUCACCUGUCAGAGGUAGCACACACCUGUUUAGGUGUGACCUGUAUUUGGGCAAACCGAGGAGUUUCAGAAGAGAUACUGGAAGAGGCUUUCCGAGCUUACGCUAAUAACCACAUAAACCAAGUGUCAGUUGGGGUUCCGAACGGAAAUAAUAACAACAACGGCGGCAGCAAUGGAACCAAUACAAGUAGCAGUACCUUGUCUUUAAACAGCGAAGAUUCCGAUGAAUCUCAGACUGAAACAACAGUAAUCUAUGUGCAUCGUCGCCGCGGAUCACGAGCCUCAAUCACGUAUGAAGUCCCACCAGUUAUUGACAGAGCAAUACGCCUUCGAGGACGGCGCAUGUCUGCGCCUGCGCUGAGUAUCCCACAAUCUCUUCAGGACAAGAAACUGAUUUCCUGUCCCGAAAUUGUAGAAAAUUAGCGCGUGGUACUUCAGUGAUGUUAAAGGAAGUGCUUUUUGUCCGUGUGAAUAUAGGGAUUAGGUAAAUGGAGAAACCAAGAGAAGUUAUAGAAAUCAUCAGAAUUUACCAAAAAAAAGUAAUUUUUUGAAAAUAGCAGCUGGCAAGCUAUAUUUCCCGAGAUUGCAAGUUAUGAUCAUCUUUAACCCUGUGUGUAGAUAUAUGUACUUGUAACGAUUAUAUCAUUGGAUCAUAAGAUUGUAUAUAUGUAUAAAUAUAUUUACCAUAUAUAAUUAUUUUAUUGACGCGGUUUCUCUUGUUAACGUUUUCUUUUACUGAUAUUAUAAUUGAUAUUAAUAUUUAGAGACGAUUUCAAUAGUAAUAUGUACAAUUUAUAUCGAUGGUUAUUACGAAAUAAAAAUAUUAAGAAAUUAUA